AUGCCUCCACCAGACCACCACGAUUCUCUGCCAUCACCACCCGCCCCCACCACCACCCGUUGUUUUUCAUCUGAUAAACAAUGCGGCGGUAAUGGUUGUGCCAGCGGUUUGGUGGGUUUGGUGGUUUUGGCGAUAGGUGGUGAUGAUGCAACUAUGGUCGGUGACGGUGGUGGUGUAGACAAAAUUAAAUAUUCAGAGUUUGAAACGCGGGUGCCAAAAUAUCCGGUUUUGAAAAUCAAAGACAUUGUAAAGAUUACAACUAAUCCGGAAGGUUCAGCAGAACUUCAAAGGAAUAUUGCUAAGCAGAUAGAAGCAUCAUCAGGAAUAAUUUGGAAUUCCUUCGUACAACCAGAAGAACCUAUACUGGAAAACCUUAGACAAGAUUUUGGGGUUCCAGUAUUCACUUUAGGCCCACUUCACAUGUAUCAUCCAGGUUUCACAAGCAACCAGCUGCUUGAAGAAGACAGGAGUUUUUUCUCAUGGCUAGAUGUUCAAAAACCCAAGUCUGUAAUAUAUGUAAGUUUUGGGAGCUUUGCAAAAAUAAGGAAGUCAGAGUUUCAAGAAGUGGCUCAUGGGUUAGCCAACAUUGGCUUUCCAUUCUUGUGGGUGGUUCGACAAGGGAUGGUUAAAGAUUCAGAAUGGCUCGAGUGGUUGCCAGAGAAGUUCCUAGAGAAAGUUGCCGACCAGGGACGAAUAGUAAAAUGGUGUCCGCAAAAUGAAGUUCUAGCACAUCCGGCGAUAGGGUGUUUCUGGACUCAUAGUGGAUGGAAUUCAACAAUAGAGAGCGUAUGCAAAGGAGUUCCUAUGAUUUGUUCGCCUUGUGUCGUAGGCCAACCCAUAAUUGCAAGAUACGUGAGUGAUGUUUGGAAGAUUGGCGUUUUGUUGGAAGAUGGUCUUGAAAGGAUGGGAAUCGAGAGAGCGAUCAAAAGAGUAAUGUUGGAUAAAGAAGGUGAAGAAAUGCGGAAAAGAAUAAGUCUUUUGAAGGAGGAGGUGACAAUCUCUUUCGAUGAAGGUGGUUCAUCACAUACGUCGCUAAAGAGUUUGAUUGAUCAUAUAUCAUCGCUUUGA